AUGUAAUUCCUGGCGUUGUGUGGCUCCAGGGAACAUCCUGGGGUACAGUGUGGCCCUCAGCCCGUGGCACUGAAGAGAGCAGUGAAACCAGGAGACUGCAGGGUCCUGAAUCUACUCCCAGAUCAUGCCAAGGGGUGAAAAUCCUUCUUAAGGAUUAGCACUGGGAAGUGGAGCUGAAAAAUUCCCCUCUUGAAGGUGAGCAGCAAUGAACUGUGUGUGUGUGUAACACUAUCAGAGCGAGGCACUGGUGGCUCAGCAGGGAUUUUGUGCCUGUUUUAGAGCUGGAUUUUGGCCUGCUGCGUGUACUCCAUGUCUAGAUCCUGGUCUUUCCCCUCUUUUGUGGCUGCACGUUGAGCACUGUCCUUUCCUGAGCAGCACAUAAUGAGGCCAGGUGGAUCCAGCCGAGGCCUGCUGGUGUUUCCAGGCUGGAUAUCCACCAGGACUGGAGUUUCCUGGAGUUGCUUGUACUGUGGGGUUCUUAAAAUCCCACCAUGGGAAGGGAUAACAGGCCCUGCUCACCUUGUCACUUCCCUAGGGAAUACCUUGCUUCAAACUGGGCGGAAAAUCCACGUUUGGGUGUCCUUUGCACUCCCACCAUGUCUCCUCCUGGGACAAAGGUUGCCGCAACCCUGUCCUGAAGGAAGUGGGAGUUUUCUUCCAUCUGGGACUUGCCCUGGCUAUCCAAUGUCACAAUUCCUUUGGGAGAUCAGGUGCCACUCGGGUGGCUCUGGCUGCAUCUCACCUUCAGCUGGAGAAGGACUCGGGUGUGCCAGGGUCGAGCUGGUUCUUCAGCCACUGGAGACAGCUGGAUCUGCAGGGGUGGACUCAGCCCUUCCCAUUUCAGAUCCUCUGGCACAAAUAGCCCUUGGGAAUGCUGCUCCUUCCCUGCUGCUGAGGUUGGACACGCGGUUUUCAGCAGCCGACGGAACGUGGAGGCAGGGACCGCUUGGAUCGUCGCAAUCCUUGUUCCCAGCCUCUUACAGAAGAGUGGAGAGGCCCCUCCAAAAAUCAUCUCCCACCUCUUCGCCUUCUCCCACAGGUGACUGCAGUUCCACGCUGGGAGCAGCAGAUCCCAGCAGCAGGCAGGGAGUGCUGUGGGCUGGCACAGGGACCACAGCCUCCGGAUGCGGGCUGUUGCCGGUCCACAGCAGAAGCGGCGUUUGCCAGCCGAAGGAGUUGGCCUGGAAACCCUCAGUCCCUCCGUGCUUGAGCGCUGGGGCUAAGAAACAGCAUGUCUUGGCUCUUAAGGGGAUGUAGCAGGAAUGUUCUGUCCUUCCCAAAUAGGAAGAAACACUUGGAAAUAACAUGAGUUUCAGGGCUCGGACAUACGGAGGGCAGAGGCUGCUGUGGAGUCAAAGGAAAAGCAAAGGGCUUAAGUUCUGUCAGUCUGAUCCCCCAAAAAGCCCUUGGGAAUGUAGUUUUGAUCCAAGUGAGAUACUACACAAAAUUAGGGUGGUUUCACAGCACUUUGAGGGGGGACAAAAAUUCAGGAAGGGAAAAUCCAACCAGUAUCAGGAAGUUCUUGGUUUGAAAAGUUUAUGAUGCAAAACAAGCAGGUUUUAUUGGAACUAUUUUUUCAGACUGAGGUAAAAAGGGAUUGUUUUAAUGCUUUCUUCAAGGGAGUUUAAAUCAAAAGCUUUUUGUCGUUCCAAGUGGAAGCAGGAAUGCCCAGUUCUCUGGGAUGAAGUCACAGGUCUCCACGUGGCUUCAUGUGUCCGGGGGCGAUCCUUGUCACCCUUCCUGGUGCUAAAUAGCACUGAAAUAGCUUAAGAGCAGCAAUUUCUCAACAAAGCAGGUUUGGGGGUUUUUCUCCUGAAGUACUGAUUCCUGGCGGAAAGUUACCCACCGGGACAAAACAGCUCUGGGUGGAAUUUGAGAUGCUUUGCCCGGAGCUGAAGAUCCACGUGGGUCGGACAAGGAGCAGGCCUGGGCUCUGGCCACCCCUGUGGCGUCUGUCCCCCCGGGAGGGAGGCUCGGAGCCGGAGCAGAGGGCAUGUGCUGGGAACUGGGAGUGAAUUCCAGCGCUGAUCCCUGCCCGCUGGCCACAAAGCCGCUGCCUGUGCUGCUCCUGCCGUGCUUUCCAAGAAUGCCAGCAGGGCUCCACGGCAGCAGGACGACUGGCUCUGCAGCCCUGACAUUUCCCAUCAGAAGGAAGCGUUGUUUUCUUGCCAGCUGCGAGGUUUGCUCGGGAAGAGCUGUCGGGAGUGACUCGGGAGGUGCCGCUGCUGCUCUGCCGGCUCCCCAUGGCAUCCCUGUUUCGGGCAGGAGCACCGAGCGGAUCCCUGGCCCUGCUGCUCCCUGGAUCCCAGCACAUGGAGAAGCAGCUGGGAUCUGUGUCCCUGUGCCUUGCCCUGGAUGUGGUGGAUGCAGAGUUUUCCCAGCUGGAUUGGUGUCAGACAGAACAGAGUGGAUCAAGGAAUGUGAGGGGCUGAAGGCUGGGAGGACCCUUGGGUGUGCCAGGGCCGUGAUUCAUGGGAGCCUCUGGCUUGGUUCCCGGAGCAGACUCUGUGUCUUGAAGGACCGGCAAGUGUGGAAUAGCCUGCCCACAAAUAUUUCACCAGGACACAGUAUCUCCUGCACCUUUCCCACCUGGCUCCGCCACGGAGCGCUGGAGGCGGAUUAUCCAGCGAUCAGCGCUGAUAAAGUCCUGUUUCCACUCUCAUCCAGCCAAAUAUUCCCUGGCAAAUGUGGGGCGUGGCGCUCAGUGCUCCCGUGGGAACACGCAUGUGGCUUCCACCACGCCGAGGAGAGCUGUGCGAGAGGAGCAGGAGUUUCUCCCAGCUGUGCCAUCAGGGACACAAACUCCCCAGCUCCAGGACCUUUUCCUAAAGAAUCCAGGGAUGUAUUUUUCUGGAGCAGCUGGUACUGGAUUGGAAGGUCAUUGUGGUCAUGGAGGCAGUGGGAAGGGAGCCGAUUUUCCCAAGGGGCCUCCCUCCAGCACUGAUCCCGCUGGCAGCAGCUGUGAUCCCGAUAACCCUGCGGCCAGUUGAGUGCUGAUGUCCCUGUGGGCACCAGGAUGUUCCCUUUGGACACCUGAUAGGCGCUAUAAAUACCAGGUGGGCUCAUGUUCCCUCAAGCACCAAGCGGGCUGUGCCAAGUCACCCCAGAUGGUCAGGCUGAGAGAUCCCUGUGCCAGAGAAGUGGCUGCAGCCUUUGGAAAAGGGACUGAGUCCCUGCUGUGGGCGUUUGAAGGCUCCACACCCUUGGCCAGGUCCCUUCUGCCAACUUCUUUUGCGGUACUGGAGUUGCCUGGGAUCUGCAUCCCACGGGUCAGAAGCAUUCUGGGGCCUGAUAGGAGAGAGUCAAGAUGCUGCUCAAGCUGUUGCCGGGCUUUUCCCUCCUUCCCAGCACACCCAAGGCACAUCCAUGCCCGCUCCAGACCCACGGAAUCCCAGGAUGUUCGGGAUGGAAGGGACCUCGCAGCCCAUCCAGUGCCACCCCCUGCCGUGCACAGGGACACCUUCCAGAGCCCAGGUGGCUCCGAGCCCCGUCCAGCUCUGGCUUUGCCCCUUUGGGGGGAGCAGCUUUCCCGGUCCGGCGCUGCUGUGUGUGGGGAAACUGAGGCACAAUUCUCGAAGCGCCUCCGGGCCGGGAUGAGGACCGCCUCCGCUGGCCAGGGAGGAGGAGGAGGAGGCCGGCAUCAGCCGGGCCCGCCCGGGGCUGAG